UUUGUUCUUCGCUCUUCUUCUUCUUCGAUUAACCUCUUAACACUGCAAUCUACUUCCCCAUUCCUUCUUUGAAGGAAUUAGUUUCUAAACACAUUAGAAGGUCACGACGAUCUCAAAGUACAUUUGUCUUUGGAGGAAUCGAAUUAAAGAGAUUAAUAGACAAACCUAAUAUCUCCCUCCCAGUUCCGUUGUAAUUCUCACAUCUCUUACCAACUUUAUUUAGGUUAGUUCGAUUCUCAAUCGUUUAGUUUCUUUUCUUUUCUCUCUCGCGUCGAGGUAUACGAAACCCUAAUUUCGAGGGGCCUGUGUUCACCCACUCAACUCGAUUUGCACACCUCCUCUGAGACCCAACAUGAACGCUCCGAUCAUAGAUCCAUUGCAAGGAGAUUUCCCGGAGGUGAUUGAAGAAUAUUUGGAACAUGGCGUCAUUAAAUGUGUUGCCUUUAAUCACCGCGGCUCUCUUCUCGCUGCCGGAUGUGCGGAUGGGGGAUGUGUAAUCUUUGAUUUCGAAACUAGAGGCAUUGCAAAGGAGAUUCGUGAUAUUGACUGCUCUGCUGCUAUCACAAGUGUCUCCUGGUCAAAGUAUGGUCACCGCUUGCUUGUUUCAGCUGCAGACAAGUCAUUAACUCUUUGGGAUGUCUCAACUGGUGAGAAGAUUGCUCGUACCAUUCUUCAGCAGACUCCGUUGCAGGCUCGCUUAAACCCUGGCUUGACUUCUCCUUCUCUCUGUCUUGCCUGCCCUCUCUCAUCUGCUCCUAUGAUUGUUGACUUUGAUAUUGAUUGCACCACUUUGCUUCCGGUUGCUGUCCCUGAGAUGCCUGAUGUGUUAGCUCCUCCGCAACGCAGUAAAUGUCCUGAAUCGAAUCCUCCUUUCUCUCCAGCUGCAGCGUGCUUUAACAAGUGUGGGGAUCUUGUUUAUAUUGGGAAUUCCAAAGGAGAGAUACUUGUCAUUGAUUACAAGAGUGUUCGUGUUCUUGCUUUGGUUCCUGUGUCUGGUGCGGCACCAGUGAAGAACAUAGUGUUUAGCAGGAAUGGGCAGUAUCUUCUCACGAAUUCUCACGAUCGUACUAUUAGGAUUUAUGAAAAUCUUCUCCCCGCAAAGAAUGUGCUUAAAUCGCUUGAGGAUUUGGGAAAGAACAUUGAUGGGAUUGAUGAUGGUGUUGAGAAACUGAAGACUGUUGGAUCAAAAUGUUUAACACUCUUCAGGGAAUUUCAAGACUCUGUUACAAAAAUGCAUUGGAAAGCACCUUGUUUCAGUGGUGAUGGUGAGUGGGUAGUUGGGGGUUCUGCGUGCAAAGGGGAACAUAAGAUCUACAUAUGGGAUCGAGCGGGGCAUCUUGUUAAAAUAUUAGAAGGUCCAAAAGAAGCGCUGAUUGAUCUAGCUUGGCAUCCUGUUCAUCCCAUAAUCGUCUCUGUUUCCUUGGCUGGUCUAGUAUAUAUUUGGGCAAAAGAUUACACUGAGAACUGGAGUGCGUUUGCUCCUGAUUUCAAGGAGCUUGAGGAGAAUGAAGAGUAUGUGGAACGCGAAGAUGAAUUUGAUUUGAUACCUGAAACAGAAAAGGUGAAAGUAUUAGAUGUUAAUGAAGAUGAAGAAGUUGACAUAGAGACAGUGGAAAAGGAUGCUUUCAGCGAUUCAGAUACGUCAGUGGAGGAACUUCGCUACCUUCCAGCUGAACCGAUCCCAGAUACAAAUGACCAGCAAGACAAUUUGGUUGAAAGCAUUAAGUUAGUUGAAGGUCAGAUAUCUGCAUCUCCUGCUUCUGAAGAGGCUGUUCAGAAUGGACAUGGGGCAGACCAUGUAUUAAGUCCACAAGGAGAAGAAUUGGGUGAUACACGAGGAAAGAGAAAAAGGAAACCAUCAGAGAAAGCCAUGGAGCUGCAGGCAGAGAAGGCAAAACCAUCGAAAGGGUCAGGCAGAACAGUAAGAGCAAAAUCCAGAGCAGGCAUUGAUCAAGAAAUUGAUGACAGUGUAAAUGAUGCGGAUGAUGAUGAUGAUGAUGCAUCUUAUUACUGAAGUAGGUUUACUAAUCUUUAUGUUGCAAAAGAAAAACAAGCUAGGACAUGGAAAGAUAUUUGUUUGAAUGAUUUAGUUGCAGGCAAUGAUGUGCGCUUCUACCACGUCACAUCUCUAUAUUGAAUCAAGUUUGGGAUAUGCACAAUA